AGACAGACCCCAGUGCUGUGGGUGUGGAUGUAAGAGUCUUGUGGGUCGCUGCCUGCUCUUUGCCUUGGGGUUUGGUGUGCCUGGUUCUGGGUUCCAGCUCAAGCUUUGCUUCCGUUGCGAACGAGCGACAACAUCUUCUGGGCGGUCGGCGCUUAUCGCUGGUUUGCGAUUUGGCGUAUGUUCACCAUCUCCAGUGUAUCUAUUGCAUUUGCUGUGUCUGCUUCCUCUUUCUCUUCCUCUUUCUCUGCCAGCUCCAGUCCCUCGUUAAUUUCUGUUCUGCUUCCUCUUUUAUCUCUGGCCCUGCUUCCUGUGCUGCUUCCACUCUCUUUCACACUUUGCUCCCAUUCCCCACACUGCUUUAAACACACAUUUCCAACUUUUGAGGUGCUGAUUCGCAACAUUUACCGCUGUUCUUUGUAACAAGACUAUGGAAACCGAAAGGUUAGAAGAUUCCACUGUUUAUCAUAAAAAGACGAGUAGCGCCAUCAGCGACAUCUCUUAUAAUGAUGAUUUCAAGACUUUUGAUGCCAGCUCAACUUUCGUGGCCAUAAGUGCAAAUACAAUAAGACGUCAAAACACCUUGAAAAUAUUAACAAAUAGAAAGAAAAACUCGAAAUUAUAUAAUAAAGAUUCGCCAAAUAUUCAAAGAAACCAUACCCCCACUACCAAUAAUAAUAAUAAUAAUAAUAAUAAUGAAAUUAUAAUGAAUAUCGAAAAUAAUAACCAAAACAAUCACCUAAAUAAUACAAAUAAUUUGAAAAAGUCAUUCUCCUUUACUGAUUCAAUAUCAGUUCACUCUUCAAAUGAUUCUUCAAAUGAUUUCUCAAAUGAUUUCUCAAAUGAUUUCUCAAUAAAUCUCAAUUAUACUAAAAAUGUAAAUCAAAAUAGCUUGAAUUUCAUCAACAAUCCCAUAAAAACAAAACAAAGUAACCAAAAUCUACUCAACAAAUUAAACAAUAAUCACAAUAAUAAUCACAAUCACAAUCACAACUACAACCACCAUACUAUAAACAAUAGAAAAAAAUCAAAUUCUUUAUCCCUCUAUAUCUCAUCCUCCACAACCCCUCCUGAUUUCUUCCACUCCGAAGAAUACGACCAAUUAUCCUCUCUAUUCGUAGUUGCUACUCAUAACUUUGACUCAAACACUCUAAACUCUAACGAUUCAGAAAUUUGCUUGUCCUUCAACAAAAAUGACAUUGCUUUUGUCUACAACAUCGAUGAAUCAGGCUGGGGCGAAGUAACUCUACUAAACCCUCUAAAAAAAGGUUGGGUCCCAAUGAACUACUUUAUAAAAGCUAUCGAUCAAUCUCUACUAUCCUCCAUAAACGAUAUCGACAACAACACAAACUUAUCCUAUACCCAAAUUGCCGAUUCAAAACUCUACCUAAAACCUCUAUUUGCUGCCUCCACUAAAUUCCUACUAAACCCAAAGGAUUACUACAAGCUAUCUUCAAACACGUACACCUUCUCUAUAACCUACAUUAAUGAAAUAAAGGACUCUGUUAGAUUACUACUACAAUACACAAAUUGCUUAUCAAGACAAGCUUACUCAAUUCAAAACAGACCGCUAUUAAGAAAAAUCAGAAAGGCUCUACUAGCCGAUUGGUAUAACCUUAUGACAAAAGCUGAAUCCUAUAAAGGUACUUCAAAUGAUAAAAAAAUAGAUAUUCUCACCCUAUUACUCUUUAAAGUUAUCAUUAAAUCUUUAGCUUUUCUAGAGAUUUGGGGUAUAGAGUCCGAUGAAUUAUCAAAAAUCCACAAAGAUGAUUCUAAUGAUAUUAAUGAAAUUAAUCAAUAUAAUGAAAAUCCUAAUGAAAAUAAUGAAAGUGAACACCAGCAUGAAAAUAAUAAGGAGAAUGAACAUGAACAUGAACAUGAACAUGAACAUGAAAAUCACCUAAACUACUCAUAUGAUACUUCAACAGAUUUUGAUAUCUCAAAUGAAAUAAUCCCUCCAAAUGAUUCGACGGUUUUGAACAAAACUGAUUCGAUUACCCAAUCUAAAGACAUUUCCAAAAACGCUUCUCACGAUAGAAUUAAAAAAUUAUCUCAAAUAAUACCAGACUCUCCUUCUUUUACUUCAAAAUCAAUUUUAAAAUCUCCUAAAAAAUCUCUAACAAACUAUUCUCUUAAAACCUUACAUAUCGACACCACUCAAAAUUUAGACACCACUCAAACUAAUUUACCUGCUAAUCAAAGCUCAACUCAAAAAAUUAACCAAAAUAUGAAAAAUGAAAUCUCAUUUUCAAAUUUAACCGCCAUUAUGAAUGAAAUGCCCUCAUCACUCAAUCAAUCUCCUCCUUCUACUCCUCCUCUUAUAAAUCCCAACGACUUUUCCAAAGUAAGAAAAUCAAUCAUUAAAGUCAAAGAAAAAGAAAAAGAAAAAGAAAAAGAAAACGAAAACGAAAACGAAAAAGAAUUAUUAUCACCCUUCAAAGUUGAUAAAAGAGAUUUUAACAAAAAUCUAAGAAAAGCAAUUUCGACACCUAACCAUAUUCAAAAAAAUUCAAAAAGAAUUUCAAAAAGAAAAAGCAGAAAUGAUAAAAUAUCCUAUCUAGAUGCUCCUCCUAAUGCAAAGGCAAGAUUAACUGAAAUCAACCAUUUAUUGUUUCAAUAUUUGAGCUUGAUACUAGGUAGAUUGGAUAUGAUCGAGCAUAACAAUACUGGUUGUGAGCUAUUAGAAACAAUUGUUCACCAAAUUAUUUUACUACUAAGAGAAAUCUUAUUUAUUGGAAAAUCUGCUACGAACUUAUUAAAUUUAUCCAAUUAUACAUUAGAUAGCUCAUUAGACAAUUUAUUAUCUUUGGUAAGUGAAUUAGUUUCAAGUGUUAAACAAUUGAUAACAAAGACGAUAUUAGAAGAAAAUUCGGCUCCACUAUCCCCAAUAUCACCAAUUACAAUCACUCAGAAUGAUUUAAAUGGCACUAGAAGUUGUUCUUAUUAUUAUACAGUUGAAGGAGGAAAAUUAAUAGGUGUUGUUGCCAGAAUGAUUAGAUCUGUUUCAAACUCAAUAAAAAGUUGCCGCUAUUUAUUAGAAUUAUCAGGGGAUUUUAAAUUGGGUAGCGAAAGAAGAUAUCCAGAUUUUUUGAAAAUGGUUUUAACCCCCAAGGAUUUUAUAAGAAAAUGUUCAAUAGGAAUUCUUGAUAACAAUAGAAAUAGCAGAAUUAGUAGUAGUACUUCAGAAUGUAAUAUUCUGGAAUAUCUCCAUCAUCGUCGCUCAGCAAACUUAUCUUCUAGCACCAAUGGAACUAUAUCAAAAUCAAAGCGUGAAUCGCUUCGAUAUUCUAUUGUACGAGCCGGAAACUCUCGAAAACUUUCCUUGAGUGAGGCAGGAGCAAAUCUAUUACAAGAAAUGCUUCCCAAUUUUAAUGAUAGUUCCAAAUUUACCGUUAGAACAUCAGGGUUUUUAAAAUAUAAAGAUUCACCAAACCAAGACAGUGAGUUGAAAAAAAAUCCGUUUUCUAUUGAGAAUGAAAUAUUGUUAGAUGAUAAUGGAAAAUUGCUUGGAGCGACAUUCAGAGCAUUGAUCUACCUAUUGGUAAAUGAGUUAAAUAAACCAGAUCAAUUUUUUUUUUCGACAUUCUUUUUAACUUUUAGAAUUUAUUCAACUCCUGCUGAUCUUGUUGAAGAAUUAAUCAAAAGAUUUGAUGUUGAUAAUCUGGAGAGAAGCCUUAUAAUAGCUGGAAGCGAAAAUAAUGGUGAGGGUACUUCAGAUACAAACAGACAAUUUUCUACAUUUGAUUCUAGGGUGAAAAGUCGAAGAAGAUUAAUUUUAAAUGUUUUCAAAGUUUGGUUAGAAAGUUAUUGGAAUUAUAAAAUGGAUUACCCUUUAUUACCCACAAUCAUCAACUUUCUUAAUGAGAGCGCUAUAUUAUAUCUACCAGAAGAUGUUUAUCAGGUUAUUGAAGUUUGUGCAAAACUUGCAGCUAAUCCUCCAUUUGAGAAUAUGGAUCCAAUAGAUAGUAUUUCUGAUGAUUUACAGCUAGUAACCCGAAGAAUUGGUUUGUUUAACAAAGAUUAUGAAGACGGAUCUAUUUCUAGCGUAUCAAUAUUAAGCAACAAUACCGGAAAUGAUUUAAAAGAGGUUCCAACGACAGAUUCAUCUUCCAACUCAUCUAUUAAAUCUAACAUUACAAUUUCAUCUUGGAUUUCAACCAAUCAUUUUGCAUCAAUGUCAAGUAAAAAUCAUAUUGUUGCAAUUGAAAAAGUUAUUGUACAAUUUCGAAGCGCUUUGGGUAAUUUAUGGCCAAAUUAUGAUCUGAAAACUAAAUUGUAUCGUCCUAUUGAUAUUAAAAAAGUUCUUAACUCUUGGUUCAUGAUAUGCAAAAAGAAAAUAGAGGUUCCCACCCUUGUUUUGAAAAAUACUUCGUUAUUAAAUUUUCACUGCAUGGAAUUAUCUAAGCAAUUAACAAUUAUUGAGUCUAAGAUAUUUGUAUCGAUUAAACCGGAGGAAAUGCUAAAUGAAAACUUUACUCAAAAAAAACUAUAUUUGAUGAAAAGUAAAAAUGUUGAAAAGUCGGUUUUGUUUACAAAUUUAUUAUCUGAAUAUGUUGUUGAUAGUAUUUUACAACUCAAUAUAACAAUGAAAAAUAGAAUCAAUAAUUUGAAGUUUUGGAUCAAAGUUGCGUAUUGCUGUUUAGUUUUAAGAAAUUUUAAUUCAUUAGCUGCAAUAAUGACUAUAUUGCAAUCUGCUGCUGUUAGCAGAAUUCAAAAAAUGUGGAGUUCUCUUCACCGAAAAUACACUAAUAUGUUUAAUUACUUGAUUUCCAUCAUCCAACCAGACAAAAACUUUUAUGUUUAUAGGAGAAAAUUGAAGAAAUAUUUAAACUCAAGAGAGCAGGUUAGUAACAUACCCUUAGUUCCUUAUAUUAAUUUGUUUUUGCAAGAUGUUAUAUUCAUUAAUGAAGGCAAUUCAAAUUUUAGAAAGAUUGCUGGAUAUUUAAAAUUGAUCAAUUUUGAUAAACACAGUAAAAUUGUGAAAAUUUUAUCAGAUAUGGAAUAUUUUCAAGUGGAUUAUUCUUCAACUUACAACAUAGCUUCAGCCUCUCCAUCUUCGGCAGCAAACCUCGGUUUGAACAAAAGGGAUUCAGUGUUUUCCUUUGCAAGUUCUUACUCUUUCAGAGAUCUAGCGACAAAUGAAAGAAUAACCAUGUCUCUGAUUCCUGCACUACAAGAGUUUAUACUAAUUGAACUUUUGAAUACUCAUUUAUUAUAUGUUAAAGAUCCUGAUAGAAUGUGGAACAUGAGUUUCUCCAUUAAGCCCAAAAACUUUUAGAACAUUGUUUAAUUA